AUGUUCGCCUCUUUGGGCCCGUCGAUGCUGUUCCUUUUGCCUGCCGCCCUAGAAGCUCGGGAUGUGAUUUUUCCUCCGGUUGACCCACUACAAUCGCAAUCCAAUUCCCACGGCCAUGGCUACAGACAUGACCUGGACCCUGGUCGAUAUCGAUCUACCAUAAGCAGCGAUGUGGACGUCCUCUUAGAAUUCGAGAAAUACUCGGGAUUGACUACGUUCUCAAAUCUGCCUUGGGUUCAUUGUUUAUCAUCAGACGAUUCGGUGGAUCAGUAUGAUAUCGCAUUUUUAGGAGCUCCCUUCGACACCGCUACCACGGGAAGACCUGGAGCCCGAUUUGGCCCUGCGGGCAUUCGAUGGGGCUCUCGACGAAUUGCCGCUCCCUUUGCAUGGAGUCCUUACACUCAUGAUAACUACUUUCUUGCUUGGGCUCGAAUAGUCGACUGUGGCGACGCACCCCUGACUUUUCUAGACAAUACCGUAGCCUUGCAGCAACUCGGGAAGGCGCACCAGGAUGUUUCGAGCCGGCCCGCAAACACCAGCGAGGUAGCCAGUGUCCCUCGCAUCAUCACCCUUGGUGGCGACCACACCACUACUUUGGCUGCAUUACGCUCGACGAUUGAUCAUUGGGGACCUGUCAGUGUGAUCCAUUUCGACAGUCAUAUCGACACUUGGGAUCCGAAGGUCCUUGGAGGGGGAUUUUCCCAUUAUGCCGGGGUGAAUCAUGGCACUUUUCUUCACAUUGCCCACGAAGAAGGUCUGAUUCUGAACUCGUCAGCUCACGCCGGCAUUCGAGCACCAGCUGCCAAUAAGAAAUACGAUUGGAAGAACGACAAACGGUGCGGUUUUGAGAUCAUUACCGCCAGAGACAUUGACAAGAUCGGUGUGGCCGGUAUCAUUGAGAAGCUCAAAGCGCGUGUGGGUGAUACCAACGUGUAUAUUUCUGUCGAUAUUGACGUCCUCGAUCCUGCCUAUGCUCCGGCAACAGGUACAGCGGAAGUGGGGGGGUGGACCACCAGAGAACUCCUGAGUAUUCUGGACGGACUUGAAGGUCUCAAGGUCAUUGGAGCGGAUGUGGUGGAGGUCGCUCCUAUUUAUGACAAUCCUGGAGAGACGACGGUCCUCGCUGCGGCCGAGGUGGCCCAUUCUCUCAUGGGACUUAUGGUGGAAACUCCCGUGAAACCUUUGAAGGAUCAGGUAUAA